GGUACUUUGAGGAGCUUUGACAGAGAGCUGCUGCCAGCUUACCUAAACUGGGAGGUGGAGAAAGAAAAGAAGCUCAAGGAGAAGACACGAGAAGAUUUUAUUUUAAAUUAGAAGUCAGUGACAGGUGAAAUUUGCAGUUUUACAGCAACUGAGACAGUUCUUGGGACAUUUGCUUUGCUCAUUGUAAUCCCCCCAGCAUGUCUCUGGAAGUUAAGAAGAAGACCCAGGUACGUUUUGUGUUUCUUGGGGCAGCAGGAGUGGGCAAGACAGCCCUGAUCCAACGUUUCCUCCAAGAUACAUUUGAGCCCAAACACCGGCGCACAGUGGAAGAGCUGCACAGCAAAGAGUAUGACAUUGGUGGGGUCAAGAUCACAGUAGAAAUCCUGGACACCAGUGGCAGCUACUCCUUCCCGGCCAUGCGCAAGCUCUCCAUCCAAAACAGCGAUGCCUUUGCACUGGUGUACGCCGUGGAUGACCCAGAGUCACUGGAGGCUGUCAAGAGCCUCCGAGAUGAGAUUCUGGAGAUCAAGGAAGACAAGUACACACCAAUUGUGGUGGUGGGGAACAAGGUAGACCGAGAACAGGAGCGUCAGGUAUCCAAUGAGGACGUGCUGUCAACUGUAGAGAUGGAUUGGAACAACAGUUACCUGGAAGCUUCAGCAAAGGAGAACGCCAACGUGGUGGAGGUGUUCAAGGAGCUCCUGCAGCAGGCAAACCUUCCCAGUCGUCUCAGCCCGGCGCUGCGCAGACGCAGGGAGACCUUUCCAAAAGAUACCAACUUCCGGCCACCCAUGAACAAGACCAACAGCUGCAUUCUGUCAUAACAGGAGGCAGAAGAAGAUAAUGUUUUGUUUCAUGAGGCGACAAGAGAUGAGAGCGUGGAGGGUAUGUUGUGCUGCUGGACACAGAGAAAGAGCAGAGAGGAAAGCCUGCCUGACUUCAGUCAGCGGGGUGUAAAGUGAAGAGCUGCCUGACUGAGAUAAGUGAUUCUGGACACACAAAGACACUUCAGGGUUCACAACUGAGGGGAAAAGAAACUGAGAGGUGAAGUGAGACUGAACUUGAACAGACUGCCAGUGGAAAGAAGGAAGAUGCAUUAACUACACAGUUGUUUACUCAAUGUAAUGUUGUUGCUGCUUUGGUGACAUGCUGCUGGUGUUUAGAUCAAUGUAUAGCUUUUGGAUUUAAAAUUAAAAUGUUCACUUGCAUCAAAAUAUUAAGACUGUUGAUAACAGAUUGUUUACUGAGAGAAAGUGUGUGUGUAUAUAAUGUGCAAAAGUUGUAUGUCUCAUGUAAAUUGUUUUAAUUUGAUAAUUCACUUGUAGCACAUCAUGUUUACAAUUUUUGUAUUGAAUUUCAAUUUUACAUUGGGCAUGACAUUAUUCUUAUGUUUGUUUGUUUUUUUAAAAAGUGGUGAAAUGCAAAUGUAAACCGUAAAUGCACUUUUCAUUUUGAAAUGACAAUUCAAAAUUAUUGUUUUUUUUUAGCUUGUUUUUUUUCUUCUUUUCUAUAAGUUAGAGUUUUUUUUAUUAUGGCAUAUUCUCACAAAUGUCAUGUUGCUCAUCAUUUGACAAAUGUAAGUGGAAUGUGGUUCUAAAUGUGUAAUAAAAGACGUAAGC